AGCAUUUGCCGUAAGUGUUCCCGGAUCGCCGGGGAGGUCAUUGAAGAAGGAGAGGACCGAGGCCCUGAGUGUUCCCUCCGCAGCCAUGCUCCGCCUGUGCCUGAGGCUCCGCGGCCCUCUCCGCACCACCUUACCGGCCCGGGGGAAUGGGAGCCAUGCAGGGCGGCUCCGGCGGUGCCACACGGGGGCUGGCAGCCGCUUUAAAGCCCUGAUAGGGGCUCCGGCAAGAGUGUCCGCCGCCCGUGUGCCCGGACUCCAGGGGUCGGAGCUCGGGCGGAGGUGGUACAGCCUGCCCCCCCAUCAGAAGGUGCCUUUGCCUUCUCUCUCCCCCACUAUGCAGUUGGGGACCAUUGCCCGAUGGGAAAAGAAAGAAGGAGAGAAAAUUAAUGAAGGCGAUCUCAUUGCUGAGGUAGAGACUGACAAGGCCACAGUCGGAUUUGAGAGUCUGGAGGAAUGUUAUCUUGCAAAAAUCCUUGUGGCCGAAGGGACGAGAGAUAUUCCUAUCGGUUCCAUAAUCUGCAUCACAGUAGACAAACCAGAACUCAUUGAUGCCUUUAAGAACUACACCUUGGACUCUGCAUCUCCUCCCGCUCCUGCAGCCCCAGCCACCCCACCACCGGCUCCUGCCCAACAAGCCCAAGCACCUGUUCAAGCCCCUGGAAGCUCCUAUCCAACGCACAUGAAGAUCAUGUUACCUGCACUUUCACCGACCAUGACGAUGGGCACAGUACAGAAAUGGGAAAAGAAGGUUGGAGACAAGCUCGGCGAGGGAGAUCUCCUAGCAGAGAUUGAAACAGACAAAGCCACCAUAGGUUUUGAAGUGCAGGAAGAAGGUUAUUUGGCUAAAAUCCUGAUACCUGAGGGCACCCGGGACGUACCUCUGGGGACACCGCUUUGUAUAAUAGUGGAGAAGGAGUCAGAUGUUGGAAGCUUUGCAGAUUACAAAGAAACCAGUGAGGAAAUGGACAUCAAGCCGCAGCCUGCUCCGUCUUCAGGACUACCACCAGCUUCUUCUGUAUCUCCCCCUCCUUCUGCACCCGCACCAGCUCAUACCCCGGCUCCUACUGCAACCAAGGGAAGAGUGUUUGUGAGUCCUUUGGCUAAAAAGCUGGCAACUGAAAAAGGCAUAGAUAUUAAGCAAGUUAAAGGCACCGGGCCGGAAGGCAGAAUUACAAAGAAAGACGUGGAGACAUUUGUCCCUCCCAAGGCUGCUCCUACUCCUGCCGCCGCCGCCCCAGCAGCUCCAUCUCCAGCCGUGGCAGCUGUUCCUACUGGAGUUUUCACGGAUAUCCCUGUUAGCAAUAUCAGGAAGGUGAUUGCUCAGCGGCUCAUGCAGUCCAAACAAACCAUACCUCAUUACUACCUGUCCAUCGAUAUCAACAUGGGAGAAAUCCUGAAGUUAAGGAAGGAGUUAAAUGAAGUUACAAAGUCUGACAACCUUAAGCUCUCGGUCAAUGAUUUCAUUAUUAAGGCAUCGGCUCUAUCAUGUCUGAAGGUGCCUGAGGCAAACUCCUCCUGGAUGGACACUGUUAUUAGACAAAACCACGUGGUGGACGUCAGUGUGGCGGUUAGCACACAGGCCGGCCUUAUUACACCUAUAGUUUUCAAUGCACACGUAAAGGGCCUUGCAUCCAUCAGCAAAGAUGUGGGGUCCUUAGCUGUACGUGCACGAGAGGGCAAACUAAAGCCCCACGAGUUUCAGGGUGGAACUUUUACAGUUUCCAACUUGGGCAUGUAUGGAAUCAAGAAUUUCUCCGCCAUAAUAAACCCACCUCAGGCGUGCAUCCUUGCCGUGGGAGGAUCGGAGAACAGACUAAUACCAGCGGACAACGAAAGAGGGUUUGAUGUCGCCAAUAUAAUGUCUGUUACGUUGAGCUGCGAUCACCGCGUGGUGGACGGAGCUGUCGGUGCUCAGUGGUUGGCUGAAUUCAAAAAGUUCCUGGAGAAGCCGACCACCAUGCUGCUAUAGAGUGGAUGUUCUCCUCUACAACUAUUUAUAUCGGCCUCUCUGAACACUUACAGAAAACCUACAUAACAUUUUUUAUUUAAACGAACAAAACGAAGCGGUGUAGUUCUUACCCCCGUGCUGUACAGAUCACCAGUGCUCCACUCCAGUCAUGGGUCUCUUGAGGACUGUGUGGUGUCCAUGUCAUCAAUGUUCAGUGUCUUCCUACAAAGGUCAAUGAUUCCUACAAGGUUUCGGCUCUCCUGAAUAUAUAUACGCGAGAUCUGCAUAUUUUGCCAAUUAAUAAAUGUCUCUUUAGACAAUACAGAGA